CCGCGGGGCCGGCGAAGGGCGAGAAGCCGGCGGUGGUGUUGGCGGCGCCCGCCGGGGUGGAGAGGAGGAAGGGAAUAAGAAUACACAAGGAAAAACAGAAGGCUGUAAGAACAUGGGACUCACUUGUGCCGAUAUCAAUGUGGGCUUACUGCUGGAGUGCAUCAAGCAGCAACUCGACGACAUUCCUGUUGUAAAGGAUGCUUUGCUCUUAAUUGUGUCAAUUUGUCAAGAACACAGCAAUGCAAGUGUUUAUUUUCAAGAUAUCGGUGGUUUGAAGGUGGUACAUAAACUUGUGAGGUCAGAUGUGCCCAGCUCAUUGAAAGAAGUCGCCCUGUACACGUUGGGAUCUCUAGCCGAUUCUAAUGUCCUUUGUCAGCAGAGUCUCUGUACUCCUGAAUUGUUUGAUGAAAUGAUGACAUUCAUAGCUGAUGAGAACUCUGGCAUGAAUUUGCAGAUGCAGUCUGUCUCUGUUGUGUUGUCCCUGGUUUCAAAGAACAGAACUGGACAAAUGCUUUUGAGAGAAGUAGGCUGUAUUCCCAUUCUGCAAAAGUUAUUCAGAGAAACUCUCACAAAAUCUGAAAUUGAGUCCUCAAGUGGAAGCUUUAAGGAAAAACGUUCCCUGUGGUAUGCAGUGUGCAAAACUCUGGGUGCAGCUGUCAGUAAUCCUCGAAAUGUGGAAAAUCAGGAAAUUUGCUCUUCUGUUUUGCUGCAUGUACAGACCUUGUUGGAAGUCCCUAUGAAUGCAUGAGAUAAUUCAUCCCUUUGCUUAUUAAUUGACUCACAGUGGAGGACAACCCCCUGGUUCAGAAAUUCUUCAUAUCUGUUGGUGGAUUGGAUAGUUUGGCUGACAUUUUUACCAAGCUGGCUGGAGAUUCACAUCAGAAUAUUUCUAGUGCUAAAAUGGCAGUAGCGGUGACAGUUGCCAUGGGUGUCUGCAUUGCUGAUAACCCUCCUGGUAGUAGAAUUCUAGCAAAGCAUCACGUGGUGCCCAAACUUCUGACUUUGCUGCUUCUGGAGGGUCUGGAUUCUGGAGAGAAAAAUGGUGUUCUGCUUACCCUUGGGCAUGCCAUAGUAUCAUGUGUUAAGGAUUUGGCCGUUCAACUUCUUGCAAAUGCUUCUCAAGACAUCCUUGGACUGUGUGAACGAGGAGAAAUUUUUGGCCACAUGAAGACAAUCCAAAACUCCUUGCCUAAAAAAACAAUUAAAAGAGAAGAAGAUGAGGAACAAGGCCCUAAAACAGAUGAUGACACUGGAGAUUCCGUGCUGAAAGAUAGCGACCAAGAAGAUGCCCUUCCAAAGCGAUGUUCUGAGUCAAGUGCUCAGAUUUACCACCCAUCUGCAAACGAUGAGCUCCAGAGUCAGUUAGAGAGUCUUGGAGGGGAUCCCACAAGUGCUUUUUCCAGCAAACAUGAACCAGUUGGAAGUGAACGAGUAUUUGACCAUCCAGCUUCAGAAGAUGAAAAUAGAGUGCAGCAGCCACCAAAGGAAGAACAACCCGAGAAUCCAUAAAGUAGGUGCCGAAGAAAAAGUAGCCGACAUUUUUACUACAGUAAAGAAACUGGGAAACCGCUAGAAUUGAACGUCGUGGUCUUACCUAGGAAGAAAGACUACAGUGGAUCUGGCCUAUAAAUACUACUCGUUAGAUAAAUUAAAUGAUAUAUAAUUCCCGAAAGAGUUUUUUUUAUGUGUAGAGAUUUUUUAAAAAGGUAACUGUUCUUCAUUUUAAGCAAGUUGUGUCCUGCCGAUACCGGUUUGUUUCACUGCAUGAUAUUCAAAUGGGGGGCAGUGAUAUUGUUUCUUAAAGGGGCUUCUGGUAGAAUGAGUUCUGGAGACCUUUGUUUCUGCUUGUUCAAGAAGCGGCCGAAAAGGAAGAAACAUAAAAGUACUCGCUGCUUUUAACUGUUUAAAAUUUUCCUUUUGUCUUUCCUAAAUUGGGUAGAGGCCACUAACUGUUUUAAUAGAAUUUUUUAUGUUUAAAUUGAAUUUGUUAAACAGUGUUUUUAGCGAAUGAAAUUAUUCAUGGAAUGUUAAAAAUAUCCUUUUGCCUAAGUCAAUGAGAACCUAACUUACUACAGAGGAGUGAGUUAUGUACUAGGGAAGAACGUAGCCCAUUGUUCAGAUACAGUUGUGCCGUCUCUGACUUCAUUCACUGAAGAGAAUGUAAGACACCUUUGAUAGAUAAGUGAAUUUUUUUAGGAAAGUUAAAUGAACUGUCAUUAUUAAAUAAAAAGGUUUUUUUCCUGGAAAU